AUGCCAAGCACUGAAACACAAAUUGAACCAAAUGGUCCAAAUGCUAUGUCAGAACCAAACUCUUCUUCCAUUGAAUCAUAUGUAAAUACUGAAUCCUCUGGUGAUCAACAUCCUCAAAAUGUUGAUCAUUCUCAGCGGCUUAGAAGGUCUGAAUCAUCUUUCAUAACUACACUGGUUUAUGUGGAUGAUGUUCUAUUGGCUAGUGACAGUUUGAUAGAAAUUCAAUUGCUCAAAGAUUUUUUACAUAAUAAGUUCACAAUUAAAGACUUGGGAGAACUCAACUAUUUCUUCAGCUUGGAAGUGGCAAGGUCUAAGAAUGGAAUCUCAAUAUGUCAAAGGAAAUAUGCUCUUGAUAUACUUCAAGAUACUGGGGUACUUGUUGCCAAGCCUGCUACAUUCCCAAUGGAAUCCAACCUUAAGCUCACUAGAACAGAUUUUGUCUUGUAUGAUGAUCCAUCAGCUUACAGAAGAAUGAUUGGCCGAUUGCUAUACUUAACCCUCACCAGACCUGAUCUUGCCUAUUCAGUUCAGGAUUUAAGUCAGCUCCUUGCCAAGCCAGCAAUCAGUCAUUAUCAAGCAGCCACUAGAGUUCUUAGAUAUUUGAAGGCAACACUAGGACAGGGAUGA